AUGUCGUUGGAGGAGGUGGAGGCGUCCGUCGCCUCACGCACCGCCCUUGAGGCGGAGCUCCUCGAGGCACCUGACGAACGCCGCGACAAGAUCCUGUGGAGGCUCCUCCGCGACGCCGUCGCCAAGCUCCCAGCCGCACAGUGGCGCCGCGGCCGCGAGAUCAAGACGCCGGGUGAGAUCGCUGACGGGCUGCUCGGCCUCUCAAACGACAUGCUCCUCGACGGCCUCCACUCGUCGCAGGAGCUGCUCUCCUUGAUGAUUGAGCAUGGUGGCUUCGGAGAGCCGGCAGCAGAGGAGGUGGAGGCGCGCGAGGCCGCAGUCCACGAGGCAAGCAAAACCGCCGUGCCGUCCUCAUACGGCACCUGGCAGCUGGCCCAACUGCAACAGGAGCGUCGCGCCGAGCGUCGCGCCGAGCGUGCGAGCCAGCAUGGAGAAGCCCCGCCUCGGGAGGGUAUCACCACCGCAUACCUAACGCAGCUGUUCUACUCGCCGCGCUUCUCCUCCCUAUCCUCCACAGUGCGCUUCGAGCAGUUGGCUGCUGUCGCGUCGCACGCGGCAGAGACUGCUUGCUUGACGCCCGGGAGCGGUGUCGCUGCAGCACCCACCUUCAUCAAGCCGCCAGGUGGACGUGGCGGCGAAGCAGGCGCACCGCCAGGUGCGUGGGAGUUCUGCACGGAUGAGGCGGGCGCAGAGCUCGAGCUGGAGGUUGAGCGGGGCGGGCCCGUGCCCUCGCGUCGCCGGCACGGCGCUACCUCGCCGUCGACGCUCAUCACGCCGGGCCUCCGCCGGUCCACUGGUGCUACGUACUCCUCGAUUGCGCAGCUCGAGCUGUAUGAUGAGGCCCGGCUGCACAUGCACACAAUGCUCGAGCAGCUGCCGCCGGACCAGCAGGCAGCGCGCUGCCUCGCCGAGCUGCGGUACCUGCAUGGCGCUGUCGCAAAGGUGCUGCGAGAUGUGGACCCCAGUGAAGGUGUUGGGGACGAGAAGCUGUGGUCCAAGCAGACUUCUCGUCUGCUGCGCUCUCCGCACCUGCAGACGCAGGUGCAACGCGUCCUCGGCAAGCUGGAAGGCGUAGUGGGCCUGAUCCUGGACUCCUCUCCGGGAGACCCGCUCGGCGACGACCACGCGCUCGAUGCGGUCGUGAAGGUGCUCGUUGAGGAGGCGCCAGUGGUGGCCGACUUUCUGCAGGUCACCUGGUGCUUAAAGCUGACUCCACGCAACCCGCUCGGCUACUUGCGCCGCGAGAAGGCGAAGCAAAAGGCGGCCGGCAGGCGCGGCAAGCCCGCAACAGGGUCGCGGCUCGAGGACCUCAGAGUGGCGGCGGCAGCAAAGAAGAAGGAGCGCACCAGCAGAGGAGCGGCCGGUGGGAGCGAUGCUGCGAGUGAUGCUGCUGCGACGCAGCUGCUCUCGACGCUGGCGCCCCUCACGGUUGUUGCAGAGGCAGUGUCACCCUGUGGCACCGGCACCGGCAGUGACGGCACCCAGCCGACUCAGCACCCAGCCGCCGCCGCUGCCCUCGGCCUCUUGCAGUUCGCUGCUGGCUUCGGGCUAGUGAUGUGCCAGCAGUGCGAGAGCGUGCCCGUCCAUGAGGAUUGCUGUACGGCCGCGUUCGCGCCGAUCCGCCCUCCUCUCCCAGUGCCGGCCGGCACUGCGCUCUGCCCUCGAUGCGCCGAGGCUCUGCGCGAAGCAGUCGAGGACGGCGGCGAGGACCCACCGCACGAUGUCGAGGCCGCUUUUGGCGCCCUCUCCGCGGAGGAGCCAUCUCUUCUCGUGCGUGUGCAGCGGGCCGGGCGCGGCCAUGCCGCCGCUGCAGUAAUCGACGACCAUCGCACCAAGCUCGAGCGCGCCCACGGGGCGACAGACGAGCAGCUCGCUGCAGAAGACGAGGCCGAAUUUGUGGCGCUGCGAGGCCACCUUAGUGCCCUCGCCGCAGUCGAGCACCUUCGCGGCUCCUCGCCCGACGCCGACGCGGCCGAGGCGGCCUUGCAGAGCUUGCGAUCGCAGCCAGGCGUCGACGACGAGCUCGUCAGCGACGUCGCCUUAGUCGUGCGGAAGUGCCGCCAGGGCUACGUCCUCUCUGCCCCGCUCCGUGCUUUCCGUGUCCGCACGGUCGAGUGCCGCGUCCGCGCUUUUGCGCUCGGACCGUUGCGCGACGCGCUUGGCAUAGAGGCUGCGCCUGCAGGCGGCACCAUGGCCGACGAUGGCGAGGCUGAGGAGGAAGCGGACGAGGAGGAGUGCUCCACCGACGCUGACGCUCGCAGCCGGGGCUGGCGCGACCGGUCCCGCCGGCUGGCAGAGGCUCUGUUUGUGCUUGCUUUCAACCAGAUGAUCGGCAACCAGGCCACGAUGCCCAACCUCAAGCAGCUCUUCCGCCUGCUCUCGCGCUUCAUGCACGAGCCGGACCGCCUUGCCUCAUUGCGCAGCCGCAUGCGUUGGUCGGCUCCGCGAGGUGCUGAGAAGCCGUGGCUGCGCUUGCGAGCCGUGCGACUAAGGUACAGCGACCGCGCGGUGGCCGCCCGUGCCGAGCUGGACGUGGUGCAGUCGUCGGACAACGCUUCCUUCUGGAACAUGGUGGCGCCAGGCGUCGGCCUCACUGAGCGCAUCAACUUGUGCUCCUGGACAGCGCUAGGCGAGUGGCACAUGCACCCGUUCGGUGGCCGCGACGCAAGCGGCCGCGAGCUCAGCCGGAAGGUUGGCAGGUUCCUCGUCACCAACGACGGUUCCGCCGGCUCGUUUCGCCACGUCGUCGUGCCGCGGCGCGGCCGCGGCGAGCUGUCAAGCACGCAUCUUCGCCUCCGCCUGCCCGACGACCGCGGCUUGUACGAUUCCCUCGAACUCACACCCUAUGACGGCACGGUCACCCACGCGGUCCUGCUGGCACCCACAGCAGUCAACCUGUCCGAGGCGCCAACGAUGCUAACGCACCAAUCCGAGGCCGAGAUGCUCGAACACGCCAUUCACGAGGAGUGGGCCGGGACCAUGCAGCUCCUCAUCUUCGACCACGGCGCGCUCGACAACGGCCCGGCCGAGGGCCUCCUCUCGUACAGCAAGAGCGUGCACUGGCCGCAGUGGACCGACGACAAGUCCGAGCUUCGAGUCGACCACGUCUUCCCCACCGCGCCGGUCGCCGAGGACUCCCUCUCCUCAGAAGGGCAGGCGGCCGUCGUCAUCGAGGAGGGGCUGCGGCACAACCAAACGUACCCCGGCUACUUCAACCGGCUACCAGAGGGCGACGGCCAUCGAAUCUUUCAUCAGGGCGACGUUGGCACGGAAAAGGUCACCCUCGGCCUGUUGCGGCGCGCUCGGCAGGCCCUAUACCGUGCUACCCUCGACGUGCGCGACCCUCGCUCGGCAAAGUUCGAGAGCGAGCAAGCUGCGCGCGCUGCCGUCCGCUUCUUCUCCAUGCUGGCCAUGCCAGACCACCUCCACGCGCCGCUGCACAACGGCAUGGCGCUCGUGAAGGGCUUCUUCAUACCGCACUGGAAGGUUGCGUCGCUAGAUCAGAUCAAGGUUCUCCUCGGUCUGUCUGGCAUCCGCCCGUCCAAGGAGGGGGAGUCCUACCGGCCAAAGCGGCGGCUGCUGAGGGUGUACAUGCUCGCGUACAACAAGAUGCUGAUCCGACGCUUCCACACCGACCCAGAGUACGUGCCGCCCUGCCACGAGCAGUAG